GGAAGUGACGUUGUCUCGGGUGUUUCCGCUGGCUUGUGUAUAUGCUCGAGUGAUUCGGUUCAGUUGGAAUUUCAUCAGAAUUAGAAUCUCAAAACUCAUCUGAUGUCAUUCAGUGUCACACACACGAGCGGGCGUCGCAGUAAAUGGGACCAGCCCGGCCCGGUGUCUGCUGGCGAUGGAGAGCACGGAUCUGCUCCCACAGGAGCUCUGGAUGCUGCCGCCGCGGUUGCCGCCAAAAUCAACGCCAUGCUGGUGGCCAAAGGCAAGCUGAAGCCGUCUCAGAUCAGCAGCGCUGGACCUGCAGAUAAAGCUGCGGGUGUUGGUGGUAAUAAGGUGAAGGAUGAUCUGGUCAUAGCAGAGGUGGAGAUUAAUGAUGUUCCUCUGACAUGUCGGAACCUGCUGACCCGUGGACAGACUCAAGAUGAGGUCAGCAGAGUGAGCGGCGCUGCAGUGUCCACCAGAGGGCGCUUCAUGUCAGCAGAGGAGAAGGCCAAAGCUCUGCCCAGCGACCGUCCACUUUACCUGCAUGUUCAAGGGCAAACCAGAGAGUUAGUGGACAAGGCUGUGAACAGGAUAAAGGAGAUCAUAACUAACGGUGUGGUGAAGGCAGCCACUAACUCAACCUACAGUGGAGCGAUGGUAACAGUGUAUCAGCAGCCUGCACCUGCACCAACACCUGCACUGCCCCCUGCUGCACAUAAAGCACACUAUACAGGAGGAAUGCAUUACGUUCAGGAUAAGCUGUUUGUGGGUUUGGAUCAGGCGGUUCAGGGCUUCUGUGUGAAGGAGCAUGUCGAGGGGCCGAACUGCUCGUACCUGCAACACAUUCAGGCAGAAACUGGAGCCAAAGUCUUUCUGCGAGGUAAAGGAUCCGGCUGUCUGGAGCCCGCGUCUGGACGAGAGGCCUUUGAGCCCAUGUACAUCUACAUCAGUCACCCGAAAUCAGAAGGACUUACUGCAGCAAAAACCCUGUGUGAAAACCUGCUGCAGACUGUUCAUGCUGAGUAUUCUCGUUUCCUAAAUCAGAUGAGCAGUGUGAUGCCUACACAGGGUUUUAUUCAGCCCCCUCCUGUGAACAGACUGCCCCCCCAGCCCCCAUAUUACCCUCCUGUAGGCUUCCAGCCCACUUACCCCACUCCUGUGCCCCCCCCACAGCCCGUCCCACUUCAGUAUCCAGUGCCACCUGCAGCGCCUGUCCCUGUGCCACCUCCAAAUGCCCAGUACCCCGUCACACCUGCUCCAGCAGCAAACAUACCAGCACAGACCCUCCCACCCGCUCCGUUCCACCCUGGUGCACCGGCUCCGCCCAAAGCCACGCCCCCCGUGGCUCCACCCAACCCUCCACAGAAACGGCGCUUCACUGAGGAGGUGCCGGACGAGACGGACAGCGGCCUUCUGGGAUAUCAGCAUGGACCCAUUCAUAUGACUAAUUUAGGUGCAGGCUCAUCUGUGGGCAGUUCUGAGGCGUCAGGAUCCCCGUCUGCUGGUUCCUCUGUACCUGUGAGAGAGAGCGACAGUAGACCGUUGAUGCCGCCGCCUCCGAGUGUACCAGCGCCAGUGAACGGAGUGAGAACGCAGAAACCAGACGAGAGAAAACCAGCACCAAACUCCCUGGAGCCGCAGGUGAAGCGCGUGAAGAUGGGGCUGGUGGCGUAUUCGGGGGACUCCUCCGAUGAUGAGGAUGAUCACGGUCCCUCAAGAGUAGGUGGGGCAGGUAACACGGGCGUAGGCGGCUCGUCCGUGGGCUGGAUGCUUGGGACGUAUCGCUGCCCGUCACCUUCCCUUCCCCCUCGCCACAAAACACAAACACAACAGCAGCAGCCAAUGCCCUUUUGGAUGGCACCGUAACACACACACACACAGGUAUCCGUCAUGAGUUCAUGCCUCUGUCGCUAUAAGAUUGGGCUCGUCCGGUCUUAUACUCUUCUGAGAGGAUUGUAGGUGAGAUGAGAACUGCAGAGCUGCAGAUAAUUGAAUGAAUCGCUGCAGUGAUUGAGUCUCCACUGAACACCAGUAUCUGUCCAUAUAAUGGCACUGAUCACUUUUAAAGGUCUCAACUAAAACAGCUCAAAGUAGUUUAGUUUCUCUUGAUCAGGUUUAUUUGUAAUGUUUUUUUCCUUCUGUGAGCUUCUCUCUUGAGGAAUAAAACAAACUGCAUUUACUCGAUUGUCUCUCUCUGUCAUGACUGAACUGAAAACAUCCCAAAGAAGUCCAAGUACUCAAUAAUUCACGUUUUACCUUUUUAAUUCAUAACGUUUCUACACUAAAAUCAACAUGAAAUCAAAAUUGACUGUUUUUCUUUUUUGCAUGUUCAUACACGUUCCUCGUCUUAUUGUGAACGAUUUAUCAGCGCACACUAUUCCAGUGAAAGCUAGAUGGGUAAAGUUUGUCAAGGUGAACUGUGAUGGUGACAAAGCUUAUAGCCUGAAAGCUUAAAACGUUUUCCUACAAAGGGCCAAAAUUCGAACUAGAUUGAGGGCCGUGGGCCCAAAGUAAAUCUUGCAUUACAUCAAACUGUAUUAUAUUAAAAUAUCAACGUUGCCCUGGUUCCCCUCCUUAUGAUUUUAUAAUAUUAAAAAACAUUUCUCUGCAAUCUGCUAAAUUAAUGCAGUGAAGAGCGGUGUCAGUGGCAUCCCCCCACCCCUCGUCAUACACAGCAUGGCUAACUUUCACCCGCAGGCCCUGGUUUGGACAUCUCUGAUUAAACGAACAGUUCAAAUGAAGAUUUUUAGAAGAAUAUUUCAGCUCUGUAGGUCCAUACAAUGGAAGUGAAUGGUGACCAGAACAUUGAAGCUCCAAAAAGCACAUAAAAGCAACAUAAAAGUAAUCCACACGACUCCAGUGGUUUAAUCCAUGUCUUCAGAAGUGAUAUGAUAGAUGUGGGUGAGAAACAGAUCAAUAUUUAAGCCCUUUUUCUUCUCUAAAUCUCCACUUUCACUUUCUUUUGUUUUUUGGUGAUUUGCAUUCUUCAUGCAUAUCGCCCCCUACUGGGCUGGGAGGAGAAUUUAUAGUAAAAAAGGGCUUAAAUAUUGAUCUGUUUCUCACCCAAAACUGAUUAGAUUGCUUCAGAAGACUGCUGAAAUAUUCUUCUAAAAAUCUUCAUUUAAUGGUACUUCAUCUGGGAUGAGGGUGAGUAAAUGAUGAGAGAAUUUUCCCUUUAAAUAGUUUUACAAGUUUUAAGUUUCACAGCACCUAGUCAGAUAAAAUGUCAGGUAAACGGAUAGAUGGAUGAAGAUUGAACAUUACAUCAAUGGAAGUCUAGUAUGGGAUUUUUGGCCAAUUUGAAGGUCUGCUAUGGGAAAACCGUAAUUCCAAUUAGUUAGAAAAGAUAUAGCACACAAAGUUACAACAGUCUGAUGGUCUGUGCCAACUUUAGUGGAUGUAGCUUGAAAGCUGUAGGAGUUGAGUUUAAAAAAAAAAAAAAAAAAAGAAAAA